GGGAUUGUGAAAUGAACGAGCUGCCGGCGGGGGCGAAAGCAGGCGGGGUGUCUGUGUGUCGGUGCUGAGAUUCAGUUACAGUGCUGAAUCACGGCGUCAGGUAAAGCUCAACCCUACUGAUCUGCCUCUGAGCGAUUCUCAAAUUCCCAUCGCCCCAUCUGGGAACGCGCAGGAGAGGGACCCACACGCUCGCGCGCCAUGGAGUUCCAUGGGAUCUGCCUUCUCAUCCUGGUGACGGCAGUCAGGGCACAGACUGAGGUCAGCGCAGUGACAGAGAGUCUGUACUACGUCCACACUCCACAUUCCGAGAACAUCCUGGACAUGUUCAGCAUAAACUAUGUCCCGUUCCUGUUCUAUGAUUAUGGAGCCCAAACGUUCGUUAUCAACGGCCAAGUGACGGACGGGAUCCGGGAGCUGGGUCAGGACGAGGUGGAUUAUUACCGUGAGAGAGCACGUGGUUUCCAAGCCCGGCUGAGGGGCACAACCAGGGAGAUGAUCCACUUGACAAACUCCACGGCCAUCGCCAAGAAGAAACCAUCUGUGCACAUCUACAUGGAGCCGAAUAGGAGCCCAGGACAUCCGGACAUCCUGUACUGCUAUGCAGAGAAAUUCUAUCCGUUCGGGAUUGAGCUGAGUUUCCUGGUCAAUGGGAGGCCGUUUGGGGGCCAGGUGAACUCAUCACAGUUAGUGGUGGAACCGGAUUGGACAUUUAACAUCCUGAAAUCUAUCCAGAUGAGGCGGGGCAGUGGGGACACCUACGCAUGCAGUGUGGAUCACAUCAGUCUGCAACAGCCUCUCACUGUUUCACUCGAUCCCCCUCCUCAACAGGAUCACACUGGGACUGUUAUCUGUGCUGUUGGUGUAAUUGUGGGAGCUGUUGGAUUCCUCAUCGGUCUGGUCCUGGUUAUAAAGAUACGCAAUCGACAGGGUGCGCCGUCUCCAAGCCUGUCCUGUAAAGAAUAACUGCAACGGAGACUGGAAGGAGGUGUGAGGAAGAUCAGUCCACGUUGGGAGAGGAGAGAGUGACUGUCCUCACCUGCAGGAUGUUUGAUGUUUUCUGUUUAGCAGAAUACAGGAUCUGCCAUUAAUCAAGGGUCAUCAAUGGUUAUAGAGUCACGGAAACAGGUCCUUUGGCCCAAAUCAUCUAUGCCAUCGAGACAUCCUAAGUUAAACUAGUCCCAUUUGCCAGCAUGUGGCCCAUAUCCCUCUAAACCCUUCCUAUUCCUAACCCCAUCCAGACGCCUUUUAAAUGCUGUAACUGUACCAGCCCCCACCACUUCCUCUGGCAGCUCCUUCUAUACACACACCACACUCUGCGUGAAAAAGUUGCCCCUCAGGUCCGUCCCCCUCUCACCUUAAACCCAUGCCCCUCUAGCUUUGGACUCCCCUACCCUGGAGAAAAGACUUUGACUAUUCACCCUCUCCAUGCCCCUCAUGAUUUUAUAAAUUUCUAAAACGUCACCCCAUCCAAACGCUUCAGGGGAAAUAGCCCCCGCCUAUUCAGCCUCUCCCUGUCACUCAAACCCUCCAACGCCCUUUUCUGAACCCUUCAAGUUUCACCCCAUCCUUCCAAUAGCAGAGAGGCCAGAAUUGAAUGCGGUAUUCCACACGUGGCCUCACCAAUACAGCCGCCAUGUGGCCCUCCCAACUCAAUGUACUGACCAAUGACAUUUGUGGGCUGUUGUUAGAUUACAGUAUGUUUCUACAUAAAGGAAUGGGAGAAAUCGAUUGUACAUUUCAUAGUAAUGAUUAAUAAACUGUAUCUGAAUUUUG